UGCCUGCUGCAACAUGCUCGAGGAGCUGGGUUUUAUCCCUACCAUCAACGAAAACGAUGAAGUACCGGCAGAGUCCGAGUCUGAUUCAGGAGACGAGGAAGAGGAGGGGCCCAUUAUACUAGGCAGAAAGCAAAAAGCCUUGCAGAAGAACCGCAGUGCCGAUUUCAACCCUGACUUCAUUUUCACUGAGAAGGAGGGAAUGUAUGAUGGCAGUUGGGCUAUGGCUGAUGUCAUGAGCCAGCUCAAGAAGAAGAGGGCAGCUACUACAUUAGAUGAGAAGAUUGAGAAAGUUCGAAAGAAAAGGAAAACGGAGGACAAAGAAGCCAAGUCUGGGAAAUCAGAGAAGGAGAAAGAGAAACAAGAGGAACAGGAAGACAUUGAAAGGAAAGAUGAAGAUGGCUCAGACAGUGAAGACUCAGAAACUGAUUACUCUUCAGCUGAUGAGAACAUCCUUACCAAAGCAGAUACACUUAAAGUAAAGGAGUGGAAGAAGAAGAAGAAAGGACAGGAAAAAAGUGGAUUUUUUGAAGAUCCAUCUCAAUAUGAUGAAAACCUCUCAUUCCAGGACAUGAAUCUUUCCCGCCCUCUUCUGAAGGCCAUUACAGUCAUGGGCUUCAAGCAGCCCACCCCAAUCCAGAAAGCCUGCAUACCUGUGGGUCUGCUGGGGAAGGACAUCUGUGCUUGUGCAGCCACUGGAACAGGUAAAACUGUAGCUUUUGCUUUGCCUGUCUUGGAGCGUCUGAUCUACAAACCCCGACAGGCUCCAGUAACCCGGGUGCUGGUGCUGGUUCCUACUCGAGAACUGGGCAUCCAAGUGCACUCUGUCACCAAGCAGCUGGCCCAAUUCUGCAACAUCACCACCUGCUUGGCUGUGGGUGGUCUGCAUGUGAAGUCACAGGAAGCAGCUCUUCGGGCAGCACCUGACAUCCUCAUUGCUACUCCAGGCCGACUCAUUGAUCACCUGCACAACUGCCCUUCCUUCCACCUGAGCAGCAUUGAGGUGCUCAUCCUGGAUGAAGCUGACAGGAUGCUGGACGAGUAUUUUGAGGAACAGAUGAAGGAGAUCAUUCGAAUGUGUUCCCACCAUCGCCAGACCAUGCUCUUCUCAGCCACAAUGACAGAUGAGGUCAAAGAUCUAGCAUCUGUCUCUUUGAAGAAUCCUGUACGGAUAUUUGUGAACAGCAACACAGAUGUAGCCCCCUUCCUGAGGCAAGAGUUCGUCCGAAUUCGACCUAAUCGGGAAGGGGACCGGGAAGCCAUUGUAGCAGCUCUGCUAACAAGAACCUUUACGGACCAUGUCAUGCUGUUCACCCAGACCAAGAAGCAGGCCCACCACAUGCACAUCCUCUUGGGGCUCAUGGGACUCCAGGUGGGUGAGCUCCAUGGCAACCUGUCACAGACACAGCAACUAGAAGCCCUCAGACUUUUUAAGGAUGAACAGAUUGAUAUCCUGGUGGCCACAGAUGUGGCAGCUUGAGGACUUGACAUUGAA